UAUUGAAUGAUCAAAGCAACUCAAACACCAAUUAAUAAGGAGGAAUAAAAAAAAUUAAAUCAAAUUUUAUAAUAGCUUUUAGAUUCAAAUGAUAGUUUAGAAUUUCGAUAACCUGUUGACUAUAAAACUCUUGGAUUGCAUGAUUAUUUAAUUGUAAUAAAAAAACCUAUGGACUUGGGUACUUGUUAGAAAAAGUUAUAAAAUUCAGAGUAUAAGUGUGUAGAAGAAUGCUUAGAUGAUAUCUAAUUAAUAUGGGAUAACUGUAAAUUGUAUAAUGGUCCUUCUAGUGUAAAUAUACAUUCUAUUUUAGUGGAUAACAAAACUCUCUGAAAAACUUGAAAAAUCCUUUAAAAAAUAUGUUAAAAAUUAUCUCCCUAUAGUUAAUUUGCCAUAAAGCUAAAUAAAAGUGAAAAAGAUAACAGAAGAAGUUGUUUAGGAAGAGACUUAGCAAACUAUAUCACAUAAUGAAAAGGUAGAGUUUUCAAACAAUUUAAAAUAAUUAAAUCCUGAUUAAAUUGGUGCCUUAGUUUAGAUUAUUUAGACAAAUAGUCCAAGUGCCUUUGUUGUAGUAAGCAAAGAGCGAUUUUAGAUUAUCAUAGAUAACAUUGAUUUUGAUACUUUUGUAAAAUGUUAGAAUUAAAUUUAAUCUUGGAUGACAGGAGAAGAAAUUAAUAAGAAGGUUAAAUUAUGA